CCAGAAAAAGAAGCUAAAGCGGGGGCAUCUUUAUGUCCCUAAACUAAAUUCUCUAAUUCUAAAACAAAUGAAAAUCUCUCAAAUUCCACAAAAUUUGCAGUCUUUUUGUUUUAUUUAAACUCUAUAAUUUAAUUUCCCCUCGUUGGAUUCACCAUUCCCAGUACCAAACCCUAGUUUUCUUCUUUUCUUUUCUCUGUAAUUUUUUCCAAGAACAUUCUUCAAUCAUCUUAUUUGAAGGGUUUUUUUUUUUUUUGCUUUUGCCCCCCUCCCGUGUGUGAUUUGAGGGGUUUAAUAUUUUGAGGAUGGAUAUCGAGCAAAAACAAGCAGAGUUAAUCGAUCACUUUGUGAAGAAAGCGUCAGCUCAAGUUGGUUCAGCUAUUGGCGCCGUAAUUGUCGAAGCGACGUCGCAUGCUUCACUCUUCGCCUUCUCCGAGAUCCUUGCCGUGCCUACAGUCGCUGAGCUUGAAGGAACUGAAAACUCAGUUUACCUUGAGUUGCUUCGGUUGUUUGCACAUGGCACAUGGAGUGAUUACAAGAGUAAUAGUGGUAGUCUUCCUCAACUGCUCCCCGAUCAAGUUCUCAAGCUAAAGCAAUUGACUGUCCUUACACUUGCAGAGACAAACAAGGUCCUACCGUAUGAUCAACUAAUGCUGGAGUUAGAUGUCACAAAUGUCCGUGAACUUGAAGAUUUUAUCAUCAAUGAAUGCAUAUAUGCGGGUAUAGUCAGAGGAAAGCUGGAUCAGCUGCGAAGAUGUUUUGAGGUCCAAUUUGCUGCUGGGAGGGAUUUGAGGCCAGGACAACUUGGGAGCAUGAUACAAACACUAUCAAACUGGUUGGGCACAUCAGACAACUUACUCAUCUCAAUUCAAGAGAAGAUAAAAUGGGCUGAUACAAUGAGCGAGUUGGACAAGAAGCAUCGGAAGGAUGUUGAAGAUAAGGUGGAAGAAGUAAAGAAGUCAGUUGCCGUCAAGAUAUGUUGGUCGAUGUGGCUUACUUACGUUGUGGCAGAAGUUACACACUGUAAGCAGGCCGACCUUGACUUUCGAGGGAUUGAGGAGAUCUACUCUGAACCUGGUGGAGUGAUGGACUAUGAAGAAGACCGAAUCCGACCCAAGAGGAGACGGCAUCCAUUAGUCUGAAGAUAGAGCAUGAAACUGAUUGGAUGGGUGUUUAAAGUGACCAAACCAGAUUUUUGUUCAGGACAUUCCAGCAACAGAUGAUUCUCUGCAUUUGGGACAGCUGCUUUGGUUUUUUAGUGAAUGUGUCAUUGUUGCUUAAGAAUUUGAGGAUUGUGUUAAGCUUGUGUUGAACUCAUUGUUAAUUCCUAUUGAGUUGGGAAAGAAGAAAGGGAUCAAAUCUGGUGGUGUGGCUAGAAACCUUUUAAACAUUUAGAUACCCAAAGAUAUACAAUUUUAAAUUAAAUUUCA